AUGUUUGCACAACCUCAUAUUAGGCAUUUAAAUAGUGGCCUAUGGCCUGCUUAUUCUGAACUUGAAUUAGAACUUGUUACAUGGGUUAAAAAUUUACACAGUAAUUUAAAAGCUGUUAGUCAUUCUAUGAUACAAGCAAAAAUAGCUAGUUUAGCUAACAGGUUUGAAUAUUAUGAAACUAGUGACAAUGUUUAUAAUAAUGAAGAAGUUUUUGAAGAACCUAAUUUUGUAGUUCAACAAGAUCAAGCACCCUUUAUAACAUUUAAUGAAAAUCAAGAAUAUAAUGAGUUUGAAUCAUAUUAUAUUUUACAAGAAGCAGGCAAUUAUAUAAACUGGUGA